UCCCUUCUUCCCCCUCGCGCACGCGCACUGGCCUGUUUGUUUAUUAUUAGUGCGCGGAGGGAAGAUGGCGGCGUCCUCCCUGGAACAGAAACUCUCUCGUCUGGAGGCCAAACUGAAGCAGGAGAACCGGGAGGCCCGGAGGAGGAUCGAGCUGGAGAUCAGCCCGCAGCGGGCGAGGCCUAUUAUUCUCAUCACUCUAAGCCCCACGCCCGCUCCAUCCCAGCGAGCAGCCUUACAACUUCCUCUCGCCAAUGAUGGGCACAGUCGAUCCGACAGUUCGACACAUCACCCGUCACUGCCUGUCCGGCCGCGGCACAUGUUGAACAUUCCCCAAACCAACUACGUGACGCAGCGGAGCUUGGAGAGCACUGAAAUUGACCAAAAGCUGCAAGAAAUUAUUAAGCAGACGGGUUUCCUGGGGAUUGAUGGACAGAAAUACCAGGCAGAUAUAAACGACUUGGAGAAUUUGGGAGAAAUCGGCAGCGGAACUUGUGGGCAAGUCUGGAAGAUGAGGUUUAAGAAGACCGGACAUGUCAUCGCAGUGAAGCAAAUGCGCCGAUCAGGAAACAAGGAGGAAAACAAACGAAUUCUGAUGGAUCUGGACGUGGUACUGAAGAGUCACGAUUGCCCAUACAUAGUACAAUGUUAUGGCACUUUUAUUACAAAUACUGACGUGUUCAUAGCCAUGGAGCUGAUGGGAACGUGUGCAGAAAAACUGAAGAAAAGGAUCCAGGGUCCCAUACCAGAGAGCAUUCUGGGAAAGAUGACUGUAGCAAUUGUAAAUGCCUUGUAUUAUCUGAAAGAGAAACACGGGGUGAUACACAGGGACGUCAAACCCUCGAAUAUUCUUUUGGAUGCUACCGGACAGAUCAAGCUAUGCGACUUUGGAAUCAGCGGGCGUCUUGUGGACUCAAAGGCCAAAACCAGGAGCGCGGGUUGUGCUGCUUAUAUGGCUCCUGAGAGGAUUGACCCGCCAGAUCCCACCAAGCCAGACUAUGACAUCCGAGCAGAUGUGUGGAGUCUCGGGAUCUCAUUGGUGGAGUUGGCCACCGGUCAGUUUCCUUACAAGAACUGCAAGACAGACUUUGAAGUCCUCACCAAAGUCCUUCAAGAAGAACCUCCGGUUCUGCCUCAUAAUAUGGGGUUUUCUUCUCUUUUUCAGUCUUUUGUCAAAGAUUGUCUCACUAAGGAUCACAGAAAAAGGCCAAAGUAUAAUAAGCUUAUGGAACACCAGUUCUUGCGUCAGUACGAGACACAAGAGGUGGACGUAGCCUCCUGGUUUCAGGAUGUCAUGGCUCGGACAGAGUCUCCAAGGAGCAGCACUCUCCUCAGUCCCCAGAACCUCCCUUUUUUCGGCAGGUAGCAUCUGGCAAGGGAGGAGGAGGACAUACCCCUCCCCAGCAUCACCUGCAGAUGCGGCUUUCAGACUCAAAAAGUGGAUAAUCGUGUAUUACGUGGUGUAUGGGGAGGGCGGGAGGGGGGCUUCUUCUGGACAUUUCUCCUUGCAAGGGGAGGUCAACUCCCACUCCCUCACCAUUCUUCUUUUCGGAGAUACUUCAUUACCCUUCACAUGUGAUCCCGCUACGGCCUACUUCCCUUAACGUUACGAGAGAUUGUCAAUCAGCACAUUACUGCCCUCUUUUACCUAGGACUCUGCAUCAGAGUUGGAGAUGUCCAUCAGACUUUAUGGAUACUGUAGGCCUGAAGAUUCCACAUCUCGUAUGCAAGUUGUCUCACACCCAAGUUCUCUUAUCCGUGUACUGUUGGCUCUGUUUAGUCAUGUGGUAGCGCCAUCAUGGUUCCCAAUGGAAACCGUAUUUAAUUUUUCAAGAUGCUCGGCGUGUUCAUUGGGUCACACUAUAUUCAGCUUGUUUUCUGUACACUUUGAGUAGUUGAGUACCUCCAGCACGUACCAGAACUGACUUCUUGAUGGCGAGGGCAGCCACGUGACCAGAAA